UGCACUCCUGAGCCACCGAUAGACGACAAUUGCGAUUGUUGUUGCCCCCGGCUUUUGACCAAGAAUAUGGAACCAGAUCCCAAUGGGAUAAAAAUAGAGCCCUCACUCGAUCAGCAGCAGUACGCCACCCAUGUGCUGGCCAUCAAUGGCUCCAAUGCCCGCCUCCUCAUCGAGCAUCCCUCAGCAUUGUUGGUACCCCUCUCCUCGCAUCACCAGUUGCAGUUGCAACAGCAGCAACAGCAGCAGCAGCAGCAACAGCACGUGCAGCAGCAACACCAGCAGCAGCAGCAGCAGCAACAGUUCCAACAGCAGCAGCAGCAGCAUCUCCACCAGCAGCAGCAGGAUCAACUGCAGUUCCAGCAACAGCACCUCCAGCUUUAUGCCCACACCCCACUGAAGCAGCAACAGUUGCAACAGCAACAGCAGCAGCAGCAGCAGCAGCAACAGGAGCCCACUCCCCUGGGACCCACGAGCAGCGCCAGCAGCGCCUCCCUUACAGGCGCCUCCACCACUGGCGGCCACCAGCAGCGGUGGAACGAGAGUCCCGAGGCUCGCCAGCGCCGUCUGGCCAGAAAUGCUGAGAGGAUGCGGGAGCGACGGCAGCGCGAGAGCGAGGACGAGUACCGGAAGCGGCUGCUCCGGAAUGCGGAGGCCAAUAGGCAAAGGCGCCAGAACGAAUCGGACAUAGAGCGAGCCAUGCGGCUGGUGAGGAAUGCGGCCAGGCAGCGGCUGCGAAGGGCCAUGGAGUCGCCCGAUCAGAGGGCCAAGCGGCUGGCCAAGCUGGCCGAAAGGAUGCGCAUGUACCGGGCCAGCGAGACGAACGACCAGCGGAAGCAGCGACUGGCUGAGAUGGCGGCGAGGGCGCGCCAGAGGAUCGCCAACGAGUCGCCGGAGGAGCGCAAGGAAAGACUGAGAAAGCUGAACGACUAUGCCAAAAAGGUCAGAGAAAAGAAGAAGGUACUGAAGCAUGUUGUGGUGCACGGUGGUUCGUCGUCGGUGGUCGCCGUCUCAACGCCGACAUCCUCCUCGUCGUCAACGGACCAGCAGCACCACCACCAGCAACAGCAACACCAGCAACAACAGCAGCAGCAACAGCAGCAGCAGCAGCAACAACAUCAGCAGCAGCAGCAGCAGGUGCUCGUUGUUGCAGCAGCGGCCGCAGCAGCGGCGGCAGCCAAUUGUACUAACGAACACACUAUCAAUCUAAACCAGGCGGCCAGCAACGCAGCGACGACGACGACGACGGACGAGGCUGGGACCCCGCAGCCAACGGAGGAGCAGCAGCAGCAGCAUCUGGUGACGGCAGCCGCCUACCAGCAGCAUCAGGCGCUCGCCGGCGUGGAGUACAUGGGCUCGGGCAUGUUCCUGGCCCCCGGCUCCCUGCGACCGCCCAUGCAGCUCAAGCAGGAGCCCCAGACGCCGCAGCAGCAGCAGCAGCAGCAGAUCAACCAGCAGCUGCAGCAGCAGCAGCAUCAGCGGUACACCAUCACCGGGCAGCAGCAGCAACAGGUCACCGCCGCCCUGCUCGAGGGCACCGAGCCGGGCAGCAUCUUUGUCCAGCAGAUCUACGGCGAUGACGGGGGCAAGGGCACCGCCAAGCUGCUCCAGGCCCAUGUGCCCCACUUCAGCAUCGCCGGCGGCCAGUUGGAGCUGUACCCGCACAAAUAUGCCGCCAAGAAGCAGGAACUUCAGUCGGACGGCGAUGCUCCGGGAUCGGCGGGCGGCAACGAUAACAGCGGGUCUGUUAGUCUGGGCCACAACCAGGAGACCAAGGUGAUCGUGACGACGGCCAGCGGGGAGCAGAAGCUGCUCAAGGCGACGCCCGGUCAGGCGCAGCAGCUGUACCAGCAGUUCCCCUACCUGGCCACCUUCCCGAGCCCCAGCACCACCACCACCACCAGUGGAGGCGGCGGAGGAGGGAACAAUGUCGUGACUGCGGGCACCACGACGGCAGCCGGCGGCACCACCUACUAUCCGAUGUAUCACAAUGGCUUCCAGAUCGGCAUCGGACCGAAUCCGGUGCCGCCGCCCUUCACGCCCGUCAACUUUGCCAGCGGCGGCGGCCACAGUCCCUCCGGCGGCCAGUACAACAUCCUGGCGGCGAAUCCCACGCUCACGGUCACGGGAUUGGGUCAGCAGCAGCAGGCGGAGCCUCCGCCGCAGAUCGUCAGCAGCACCGGCAGCACCACCACCACCACUGCUGGUCGGGGCAGGCCGCGCAAGCAUCCGCUGGCCAGCGAGGAGCAGCUGAAGGUGAACAGCCUGCUGGAGCAGGAGCUCAACCAGAUGCUGGCGGCCCCGCAGCUGGCCACCAGCACGCCGCGUCGCGGCAGGCCGCUCAGCCACUCAUCGGAUCAUCUUAGCCAGAUUCAUGUACAUUCCACGGCCGAUGGCGACAGUCGAACGCAGGUGACACCGAUGACGACGACGACGACGACGCCGCGACGCAGCGGGGCCAACAAGUACGAGACGGAGGAGGAGAAGCGCCUGCGACUGGACAAGAUGGCCGCCCAUCAGCGGGCGGUGCGGGCGAACGAGACGCCCGAGCAGCGGGCCACGCGCCUCCAGAAGCUCAGCGAGCGGGCGCGACUGAAGCGGGCGCAGAUCAGGGCCACCGAGAAUACGGACGAGCGCAAGGAGCGGCUGUCCAAGCAGGCCGAGUAUGCGCGAAUGCGGCGCAUGCGCAGCCACACGCCGCGCAGCAGCAGCGCCACCAGCACCGAGUUCCGGGCCAAGACCGAGGAGGAGGACGAGGAGGAUAACGAGGACGAGCAGGAGCAACAGCUGUACGGAGAUGCGGAGGCCGUUUCGGUCACUGGCACGGGCAGCGAUGGCGGCUUCGUGACGGUGGUCAAGGCGGAUGACGACGAGGAUGAGGGAUCACCGGGCGAUGUCUCCAAUGACCACGAGCUGCCUUCCUUGCAGCUGCAGCACCACGAGCUGCAGCAGCUUGAGCAGCAGUUGGUGCAGCAGCAGCAGCAGCAGCAGCAUCACGAGGCGAUUGUGCUGAAUCAGCAGCACCGACUGGUCACCAUCAGUCAGCAGCAGCAGCAUCUCCACCAGCAGCAGCAGCAGUCGCAUCCCGGCUUCAGCAAACUUCAGGUGGCCAGCGGAGGAGGCAGCGCAGGAGGAGCUCCUGGCUCUGGCGGCGGCAAUGGAACCGGAGCACCCGAAAACAAUGACAUGCUCAAGAUACUCGAGCCAAUCAUUGUGAUGAAGACCAAAUGAGGAUCGCGGAGGCGUCGCAGUCGCAGCAGCAAUCGCUAGAGGGGAUUAGUGUGGAGUA